AUGGAGAGAAUUGAAGAGUUGUAUAGCCAAAUUCGAAGACUGACAGGGUUAACCGGAAGUGACUCAUCUUCAUGGAGAAUGGAGAAGGCGUCAAAUCUGCUAUGGUGGUCUGCCAGUGUCCAUGCAAAGCCCGCACCAUCCCCUGGCCCGGGCUCCCCUGCUUGUACUCCUUCACCCCAUAACCCAACUUUACCGCCAUCCCCUACUCCUCCUCCCGUCCCUAAACCAACUUUACCGCCAUCCCCUACUCCUCCUCCCACCCCUAACCCAACUCCACCGCCACAUCAACCACCUGUGGAUCCACAUUCGGGUCCUAAACAAGAGACACCACCGGAAUCUGGAAGCUCGGGUGGGUUGAGUGGAGGACAGAAGGCCGGGAUUGUGAUAGGAGUGUUUGCUGCAGCGGGUGCUGGGUGGGUUGGAUGGAGGAUAUACAAGAAGCGUAGAGGGAAUAUAAGGCGGGCGCGGUUUGGAUAUCAAGCCAGGAGUGAUAUGCAGCUGUGA